UUUAUAUAUAUUAUUGUGUUUCCACCAUAAUUUCCUUCAUAAAGGAAAAGCAAGUUCUCUUCUUUCCAACUGUCGAUGAAGACAAUGAGAUCUUUGGGCAUCAUUUUCUUCUCCCUCCUUAUAGCACUCGUGUAUUUUUCUUCCCAAAACAUCAGCUCUUCUUUGUCUCCUCCGAAUUUUCUCCCGAAAGCAAGACAACCUCCGAGAAAACUGCGCGUUUCAUCAUCCGCUCUUGUUCAUGAACACCGAAAGCUCGAGGUUACUGAUGAAGAUUUAAAAACAUCAAUAUCUGAAGAAAUCUCCACAGAAAACAAACAUGAAAAAAGCGGUGACAGCAUAGAUGAAGUUGUUUAUCACAUUGAUUAUCAUGGGGUCACAACUCAUCCAACUCCAACACCCAGACAUCCCAGACCAUAGAAUGUAACUCGUCGAGAAAAUAGUUGUUACUAAGAGUUACUAUAGUUUAAGAAAAAUUGAGAAAUCAUAUAUGUAAUGAGUGAGAUAUGUAUUUGAGAAAAUUUGUUUUUAUGAUGUCCCUGAAGUAUCCUACUCUAGUACUCUGUAUUAAUGAUUCCUUUUAGCUCAUAAGUUUUGUAACAUGUAUGCUUAACUACAACAUUAUGCAAGUUAUAGUGACAUAUUUGGCUACUUCUAAAACAGGAAAAACUAAUGAAAUUACUUUUGGAGGCUC